AUGGUUGAGCGGUAUGUAGAGCAGCAAACUGCUGUCUACUCCGCUCUAACAGAGCGGGCCCUCAAAAACAAGGAGAUUGCCAACCUGUGUGACCAAGAGGUCAGUGUAGGGGAGAAGGUGAUAGAGAUUAUGAAGCCUUUGAAGACCAUCGCUACAAUACUGAGCACUGAAACAACACCAUCAGUUUCAAUGAUCCUACCCCUCAAAACAAUGAUCCUAAAGUCCAUGGAACAAAAAGAUGACGACACUCCUACUGCCAGAGAAAUCAAGCAAGACAUCAGUGAAAACUUGCAAAACAGAUACUCUGACCCUGCUCUGCAGGACUUUCUUCACAAGUGCACUGCUCUUGAUCCAAGAUCAAGAAACUUCCUCAUUUGGAUCCUGCCUGUCAUCAAAAAAUCUAUGAAAAUCUCAUCAAAGAAAUUCAGAGCAAUACAGAACAGGAUGUGAGUGAAUGCACUACAUAUACCAGCCCAUCAACUUCACAGGCCAGUCCAGCUCCAGUGACAUCACAGCCAGCAUCUUCCCCUCCUACAAAGACGUCAGCCAUGGCUGAACUUUUUGACCCACUUUUUCAGUCUGGUCAGAGGAGUUAAGCCUGACUUGAAGCAGCAGUUGAGGGAGGAAGUGUAUGUCUACAUGGCAAAAGAAUGUGUUUCAGUCGAU